AUGCUACUUUAGAAUAAGAUCUUCAACAAUUAAUUUAUAGUUCAGAGAAAGAUAUCAUCUGGGUCUUUUGGGAUAGUUUAUUAAGGAUUAGAUUAAAUUAAUAAAUAAGAAGUAGCAAUAAAAAUAGAAAGGGAAGAAAAUGAAGAGGUUAAAUCAUUAGAUAGGGAAGUUCUUAUAUUAAAGAGAAUGAAUGGUAUCGAAACAAUACCAAAAUUGAUUUGGUUUGGGGAAGAACAUGGUUAUAAUAUAUUAGUAAUGGAACUGUUAGGAAGAGAUCUAUCCUAUCAUUUUAAGCAACUGAAACGUUUUACUUUAAAGACUGUAUUAUUAAUAGGGAUCUAAUUAAUGACUGUGUUAGAGAAAAUUCAUUAAAAAGGGAUUAUACAUCGAGAUUUGAAACCAGAAAAUAUAGUAUUAGGAUUUGGAAAAGAAAAUAAUAAAAUAUACAUAAUUGAUUUUGGAAUAAGUAAAGUAUAUAAGGAUGCUAAUAAUCAUCAUAUGUAUAAAUGUGAUUAAAUUUAGGCCGUUUCGUUAGAAUAGAUCAUUUCUUGGAACUACACGUUAUGCUUCAAUAGCAGCACAUUUAGGUUAAGAAUUGAGUAGAAAAGAUGAUUUAGAAUCUAUGAUGUAUAUUUUACUCUAUUUUAUAAGAGGGUAAUAUAAUAUUAAUAUUAAGAUAGUUACCUUGGUAGAAUAUAUAAAAUAUAACAGAUGUAGAAAGAACAAAAAGAGUUGGAGAAAUGAAAAUUUUAAUGUAAUCAGAAAUGUUUAUAGAUUAACCUAAAGAAUUUUAGAAGAUUUUCGAGUAAAUUAUUUAAAAUUUAUAAUAAGUUAUAUUCGUUAAUUACCCUUUGAUUAAGAUCCAAAUUAUAAGAUGAUUAUUUUUGAAUUUAAGAAAGCAGCAGAUGCAUUAAAAAUUAAUCUAGAUGGAAAUUAUGAUUGGAAUGAAAUUAGAUCAUCAACUAACUUUGAUUCUUUAAUUCCUCAUAAUUCUAUUGAAAUGAAAAAAUCUAUUGAAAAAUAACUCUCAGGAAUCUUUAAUUAUUAAUAAAAGUAUUUUCUAUUUAAUUUAGUUCCUUUAAUUUCUUAGCUCCUCCUCCAUAAAUAUCUAGUAGAAAUACAUUUAAUUGUAGAGAAGAAAAUAAGAGAUUAUCUGUUGCAUCUCUAUAAGGUUAUUUAUAUAUAUUCUAUUUUAGGAACUUUAUAAUGUUAAUCACUUAAUCCUUUUUAUUAGACUUCUAGAAAAUAUUCCAAUGAUCAAAUUGAUUUUGAAACUGAUUUAAUUAGUUAUCAACAAAAAGAAUUUUUCGAUGGUUAAUCUCUUAUUCUAAAGUAUACACAUUUACAUAAUUAGAAGUAUUUAUUUAUUUAUUAAUUUUAGAUUUCAUUUGUUAUCAACUUUAAAUUGA